AUGGCUAAGGCUAGCCUAGUAGAAUUAGAAGAGACUACACCUGCUGCUGAUGAUAGUACAAUUCGUAUUACACCACCUGACAGAGGAUGUGCUUUGCCAAAAGAACGAAAAGUGAUACGUCUGACUGAAUCUCAGAUAAAAUAUCUCACUGAGAAGUUCGGUGAAGGUGUACAACAGACAAUUCGAUGGAAACCAGAAGAAGAAUCAGCUGAAAUGCAACGAAAAAGAUUUGAAGAAUAG